CCGGCGGGGCGGCUCGGCAGCGCCCUCCGCUCCCACCGGCCCGGCCCCGCCACCGGCCCGGCCCCGACCCCGGCCCGGCCCGGCGGGAGGCGACCGGGGGCGAUCAGGAUGCCCCAGGAGCGCGGCCCUGUCCCACCAUGUCGGUCUCCAAGCUGCAGGACACGGACGAGGUUUUUGAUUUUACCGCUGUGGUUCCAGAGACGCCGCGCUUGGACAGCAGCCUGCACAAGGCCCGCGCCCGGCUCCUGGCCCGCGGCCGCCGCCAGCGGCCCUCGCGCUCCCGCCUGCGCGACAGCGCCAGCUCCACCGAGGGCGACGAGGGGCCCGAGGCCGCGGGCACUGAGGGCGAGGGCAGCCCCCCGGCCCCCUCGCCCUUCUCCGGCACCGAUGGCUUCUCCUUCGAGCCGGGGGUGGCACGGCCUGGCCCGGGGGACCCCCCGGCCCCCACGCCCCCCCUCAGCCGCUACCGGCCCCUCACCAACACCCCGUCCCAGGAGGGGCUCUCGAGCCCCCCCGCGCCCCAGUCCUGCCCCAGCUCCGACAGCUCCCCCGGCUUCGCCCGCUGUGACCCCCGGCCCCGGCAGCACAGCGAAGAUGACAGCCGGGACAUGAGCCCCCCCUCGCCCGCCAGCCCGACCGUGGGGCUCGAUAAGAAAACACGGAGGAAGUUCUUGGAUUUGGGGGUGACCCUGCGCCGGGCAUCCUCCGGGAAGAGCCGCAAGGAGAAGAGCAGCAACCGCCUGUCCAUGGGCAGCAGGGAGGCGGCGGAGGGGCCCGGCCGCCCCUCGGGGUCCCCGUUCCUGCCCUUCUCCUGGUUCUCGGACAGCGCCAGGGGCUCCGGCUCGCCCGGCUCCGCGUCCCCCGCGGGCUCCCCCCGGCACGAGGGGCUCAGCCCCGCCAAAUCCGCCUCGCAGGACUCCGAGCUGAGCGAGGAUUCGCCGCCGUCCAGCGCCAGCCCCCGCCUGCCCGGCCCCCCCAAGUGCUCGUACCCCUACCACACCCUGUCCCAGUCCUCGGACGAGCUGCUGGAGGAGCCGGCGGGCGCGGCCGCGGGCUGGACGUGCGGCCAGGUGGGGCAGUGGCUGCAGAGCCUGGGCCUGGAGCGCUACGUGCGGGAAUUCGCGGAGCGCGGCGUGGACGGGCCCCGCCUGCUGCACCUCGACGGGGCCAAGCUCAAGGCGCUGGGCGUGGGCAGCUCGCAGGACCGCGCGGUGCUCAAGCGGCGGCUGAAGGAGCUGAGCCUGGCGGCCGAGCGGGAGCGCAAGGCCCGCGAGAAGGCGGAGAAGCAGCGGGAGAAGCAGAAGAAGAAGGACCAGGAGCAGCGGCGGAGCUGAACCGG